UGCUGAUUAACUCGUUUUUAGGAGCUUCUGUUUUUUUGUCUCUGCGUUACUUCGUUGACGUAUGAGACAUUUGUAGUCUCACUGAGCUCGUUCUCUCAGUCAAAACCUCUCCUUACUAUUUUCAACAGAUAAGGAUUAUGAUGCUCCAUCCCUACAUUGCCAUGGGAGCCUUUCUGUCAUUGAUUCUACCUGUCUUGGUCUCCACGGAGACCUGUUCUAUGGUAGGAACUCCUGGACUUCCUGGCAUCCCAGGGUUUCCAGGAAGGAAUGGUCGAGAUGGAGAACAAGGAGAGAAAGGAGAAGCAGGUGUAGCAGGGGGACUAGCACAGAGUCCGGUAAAGGGGUAUCAGGGGGACACAGGAGCUCCGGGUGCCACUGGCAAGCGUGGUAAGGGUGGGGAGAGAGGGCCCUCAGGCCCUUUGGGACCCCCAGGGGAUGUGGGACCCCCUGGGGGAGGCUCAGAUAGAUCCGCCUUCAGCGUGACCAGAGGAACGAUCUCAGCGCCUGAGAAAUUCAAGGUCGUUAAGUUCAAGUCCGUGAUCACCAACAUACACAACGACUACGACACGGAGACAGGCCACUUCAGAUGCCGCGUCCCAGGGACCUACUACUUUGUGUACCACGCCUCCUCCGAGGACAGACUUUGCCUGCAACUCAAAGUGGAUGACACCACCAUGGCCGCCUUCUGUGAACUGUCCAGCAACGGCGUGAGGCAGGUGAGCUCCGGGGGCCUGGCCAUGCACCUGGUAAAGGACCAGGAGGUGUGGCUGCAGACCAACGACAACAAUGGCAUGACUGGCAAGAUAGAGGGGACCAGCAUCUUCUCCGGGUUCCUCCUUCACGCCCACUGAUCUCCAUGGUGACAGUGGGUCGUUCCAUUCAUCCAACAAUUCGUCCACCCAUCCAUCCACCCAUCCGUCCGUGCGUCCAUCCAUAAAUCGAUCCAGUGCGUUGUCUGAACGAUGGUUGUUCGUUGCUUUAUCCUUGAAUUGUUUCCAACGUAAUGUCAGCAGAUUGUUUUCCUUGAUUGUUCUUCCCUGUCGUGAGAGCAAUAAAACAUUUGACAUUG